AUGCCUUCUACUUUAUCACAAAAAUCAGUUGAGUCUUCUAACUCUGAACAAUCUCCUGUUGGGAAAGUUGAGAUAGCAGGAGAUGGUGGUGAAUUUAUCAUAAUAAAUAAUCAUAAAUAUUAUAGACAUGAUUUAAUGGCUGCUUUUGGUGGUACAUUGAACCCUGGAGCUGCACCUUAUCCAACUUUUAAUAUCAAUUCAGCACCUGUUGGUUUAUGUGGUUUUGCUUUAACAACUUUUGUUUUAUCACUUUAUAAUGCUCAAGCAAUGGGAAUCAAAAUUCCUAAUGUUGUUGUAUCAUUGUGUUGUUUUUAUGGUGGUGGUGUUCAAUUUCUUGCUGGAAUGUUUGAAUGGUUAAGUGGUAAUACUUUCGGGUUAACUGCUCUAACAUCUUAUGGAGCAUUUUGGCUUUCUUUUGCUACGAUUUAUAUUGAUAGUUUUGGUAUUGGUGCAGCUUAUGAAAGCACAGAUCAAUUGGGUAAUGCUGUUGGAUUUUUUUUACUUGGUUGGGCUAUUUUCACAUUGAUGAUAUUCUUAACCACUUUAAAAUCUACUGUUUCUUUCAGUAGUUUAUUUUUCUUUUUAUUUCUUACAUUUUUAUUAUUAGCUGGUGGAGAAUUAUCAGGAAGAGUUGGCGUUUCAAGAGCUGGUGGUGUUAUGGGUAUUAUAACAGCUUUUAUUGCAUGGUGGAAUGCACUUGCCGGUACAGCUACUCCACUCAAUUCUUAUGUCCAACCAUAUUCAAUUCCUUUACCAGGAAAUGUAUUGUUUGGUAAAGCUAAGUAA